CACAGGACACUUCUCAGAAAAGGCAGGGGGAUGCGGAAAAAAUUCUGGUUCCCUCCCCUUAAGGCUUCGGGCUUUCGCUUUCACUUCCUCCUCCGAGAGAGCGGACGCAUCUCCGGUGCUAGGCGAUCAUGGCGCUGCUGGAUGUUUGCGGAGCCCCCCGAGCGCAGCGGGAAGACUGGGCUUUCCCAGUCGCGGAAAGCCGGCAGCGCUCGGACCCUGGUCACUACAGUUUCUCUAUUCGAUCUCCGGAACUCGCCCUCCCCCGGGGAAUGCAGCCCACUGAAUUCCUCCGGUCCCUGGGUGGGAAUGGAGAAAGGAACGUACAGAUUGAGAUGGCUCAUGGCACUACCACGCUGGCCUUCAAGUUCCAGCACGGAGUGAUUGUGGCGGUGGAUUCUCGGGCCUCGGCCGGGAGUUACAUUGCCACAUUAAGAACGAACAAGGUGAUUGAGAUUAACCCUUACCUGCUUGGCACCAUGUCUGGCUGUGCGGCGGACUGUCAGUAUUGGGAGCGUCUGCUGGCCAAGGAGUGCAGGUUGUACUAUCUGCGGAAUGGGGACCGUAUCUCAGUGUCCGCAGCCUCCAAACUGCUCUCCAAUAUGAUGUACCAGUACCGGGGCAUGGGCCUCUCCAUGGGCAGUAUGAUCUGUGGCUGGGACAAGAAGGGUCCUGGACUCUACUAUGUGAAUGAAAAUGGGACUCGGCUCUCGGGAAAUAUGUUCUCCACUGGUAGCGGGAACACCUAUGCUUAUGGGGUCAUGGACAGUGGCCAUCGGUACGAUCUUAGCAUUGAAGAGGCCUAUGACCUGGGCCGGAGGGCUAUUGUUCAUGCCACUCAUCGAGACAGCUAUUCUGGAGGCGUUGUCAAUAUGUACCACAUGAAGGAAGAUGGGUGGGUGAAGGUGGAGAGUACGGACGUCAGUGACCUGAUGCACCAGUACCGGGAGGCCAGUCUGUAAGGGUGGCAGCAGCAGCUGGGCCGGCCUCUCCUGAGGAAGCCGGGCCGACUCAGGGACCUGGACCAGUUCACGCCCCAGAAGAAAGAGGGGCUUCACGUGACCCAGAGGGAACGAACCAGUGGCCCCUGGGGGGCAGGGCGGAGUUUAUCCUUUUGUGUAGUCUCUGCUUCACUGGAGCCUCCCCCCCUCCCCAACCCCAACCUUCUGGGCAUCUCACUAAGCACAAUAAAAGAAAACGGUUACA